AUGCACCAUCACUCUGGCAUAGAACCCACAGCAGUGGAUGGAUCGCCCCUUCUGUCGCGGUACGAAGCGUACUAUGAUCCUAAGAAGGUUCUCAACCACCCGGAAUUCAAGAUUCUCGAGGAUGGAGCUCCGGAGCUCGACGACCCGAAACGAAACCUCGCUUGUGCUUAUAACCAGCACAAGACUGUCCACAUGAUUAACAAGCCUAUCCCUGUUGCGGGGAAGAAUGAGUGUAUCGUCCAUGUGAAGAAUACUGGAAUUUGCGGGUCUGAUGUCCACUUUUGGAAACACGGUCAGAUUGGACCUCAGAUGGUCGUACGUGACGAGACGGGUGCAGGACACGAAUCAGCCGGAGAGAUCAUUUCAGUCGGAGAAGAUGUCAAAGAUCUCAAAGUCGGUGAUCGUGUGGCUAUCGAAGCUGGUGUUCCGUGUGGUCAAGCAGAUUGUGAUCCAUGUCGAACGGGACGAUACAAUGCCUGCCCACGUGUGGUCUUCUUCUCAACCCCUCCAUACCACGGCACUCUCACUCGAUUCCACGCUCAUCCCGCUCCUUGGCUCCACAAACUCCCGGACAAUGUCUCGUUCGAGGAAGGCUCGUUGUGUGAACCUUUAGCAGUGGCAUUGGCGGCCAUCGAGCGAGCAGGCGUGGCACUGGGAGACCCCCUUCUCAUCUGCGGAGCCGGUCCUAUCGGUCUCGUGACUCUUCUCGCCAGUCAUGCUGCCGGAUGUACCCCUAUCGUCAUUACGGAUCUUGUCGCGAGCCGACUCGAAUUCGCCAAAAAGCUCAUGCCUUCCGUCAAGACUGUUCUGUUGAACAAGGAGGACGACGCGCAAGUCAACGCUCAACGGGUCAGAGAUGCGUGUGGAAUGAUGCCUCGAGUGGCUAUUGAAUGCACCGGGUUCGAAUCUGCCAUCAACACUGCGAUCUACUCCGUCGCGUUCGGAGGCAAAGUCUUUGUGACUGGUGUUGGACCCCUGGAGCAGAUGUAUCCCUUCGGCUACGUCAACGCCAAUGAGAUUGACCUACAAUACCAGUACAGAUACGCCAACCAAUACCCCAAAGCCAUUAGACUUGUCUCUGGAGGUCUGAUCGACCUCAAGCCAUUGGUCACCCACCGAAUCCCGCUUGCAAAGGCUGUCGAGGCCUUCCACAUCGCUGCGGACCCAUCUCAGGGAGCUAUCAAGGUGCAGAUCACUGAUUAG